AUGUCGUGCGCCAGCCUCUCGUGUAAUGGGGCUGCAUGUGCUCCAGGCACGGUCUUAUUCACUGGGUCAAGAAAUGGGCCGAAUGUAUGCGAUCGAAGAUACAGUAGAAGGUGGGUAUAUCGUGUGGGCAAGCGGAUGAUGGUUACGGAGGUUAUUUGUCCAGGUUCCAACGACGCGCAUCCUCGGCCUCGCGCGCGUCUCGUUUCUUGUUCCGGUACAGGAGGUAGCAGCAUACGCAGAUGGCAAUUAGGACGAGUCUGUUUCAUCGAGAUCAGUACCGAGAACAUGAACAUUUCCUUCAGCUCAGAGCAAGUGAACAUACAUCCCCACGAUAAUCCCCGGCACCCCUGUUUUGAGAAAAUCGCUGACGGGUUUCUCGCAAUCGGCCGAGUUGGCAUUCGCGUCGCAAUCUCUCCAUGCAGAUGGGAUCGUCAAGCUUGA